UGCAGCAUCACGGCAGAAGGUGUGUACCACUCACUGGACCAGAGAAGUACAGAGAGCGAGAGAGAGGAGAGUGAGAGAGAGAGAGAGAGAGAGAGAGUGAGAGAGAGAGGAGACGAGACGUACAGACAGAGAGAAAGGUGUGUCCCUUGUAGUGUGAGAGGAAGAGGAAAAACGGCUCGACCUCAUUGUUACCUGUAAAGGAAAAGGACUUGAGCUGGACUACACCUUUGGUGUGUGUGUGUGUAUGUGUGUGUAUAUGAGUGUGUGUGUAUCUAUGGGAUGGUGAACAAUGUCACGUGCACACUGUCACUCAUCAGCCCCUGGAGGGAAAUGCAAAACCCAGCUGCUGUUUCUUCUUCUCUGGUUCGGGGAAACUUUUGCAUCCAUUCAAAUCCCUAAAGAAUAUAACAUAUCUGACCUGAAAGAGCCUCCAUUGAUCACAAAACAGUCACAAUCGUACACAGCCUUCUACUUAGAUGACAUCUCUCUGCGGUGUGAAGCCAGCGGCAACCCCAAACCCAGUUUUCGAUGGGUAAAGGACGGUGAACUGUUCAUGGAGGAUAAGAACGGCUCUGGAGUUCUCACAGCUGACGACAAAGAAGAGCUGAAAUUUUACCAGGGGAAAUAUCGCUGCUACGCAUCAAACGAACUCGGGACAGCCGAGUCAGGUCUCAUAGACCUCAUGACCGAGCCCAUACCUGUGUCAGUGAAAGAGAAGAGAGUGGUGAAGACUGUCAACGAGGGCGAAAGUGUGGUGCUUCAAUGUAAUAUUCCGAACAGCACAGUGAAUGCUUACAUUCACUGGAUGGACAGGAAAUUGAUGCAUAUCAAGCAGAGUAACCGCAUCACCAUUGGCCUGAAUGGCAAUCUGUAUUUCGCCAAUGCGCUGAUCAGCAACACUAGAGACGAUUACACCUGCUACACCCAGUACGUCGAGGCCAGAACCAUUUUAUCCACAGAGCCGGUCUCUCUCAUUGUUAACCCCUCCAAUGCAGUAGUAAACAGACCUCCAGCUCUCCACCAACCCAAGGGCUCGCACACUCAUUUUUCCGCUCUCCGAGGCCAGAAUCUCAUCCUGGAGUGUAUUCCGUACGGCCUGCCGACUCCUUUGGUUAAAUGGGAAAGGAAAGACGCUCCGCUUUCCUCCAGUCAAGCUACUUUGGAUCGCUUUGACCGCUGGCUGGAGUUCUCUUCUAUCUCAGAGAGUGAUGAUGGAGAGUACACCUGCACGGCUUCUAAUCCACUGGGAAAUGUAACACACUCCUAUACGGUUACUGUGGAGGCUGCUCCCUAUUGGACUAAGCAGCCUGAGAGCGCUAUAUAUGGCCCAGGAGAGACGGUCAGACUGGACUGCCACGCUGAGGGCAUUCCCACACCACACAUUGCAUGGAAGAUUAAUGGAGUUCCCAUCUCCGAUACGAUUGCGGAGGAGAGACGGACUGAAAAAGGUGGGACUUUAAUCCUGAGUGAUGUGGAGAAGGGGGACACGGCCGUCUAUCAGUGUGAGGCCUCCAAUAAACACGGCACGGCCAGCCUUAACACCUACAUCAACGUCGUCGUCCUGCCCCCUCAGAUUCUGACUGAUGACAGACGAGUGUAUCGGUUGACAGAGGGAUCCAUGGCGUCUCUCAUCUGCAACUCCUUUGGUUCUCCACGGCCCCACAUCAGCUGGUUCUUCAGGGAGAAUGAAACGAGUGUCUCAGUCCUGUCUAACGAGAGGAUGUUUGAGAUGACCAACGGUACGUUACACAUCACCAGUGUGAGCCACGAAGAUGCAGGAGAGUACGAGUGUUCAGUCAAAGGCUCCAACAUCUCCAUCACUGCACUUCUGGUGGUGCUGAACAAGACUCAGAUCUCAUCUCCUCUGCGUGAUUUUCGGAUAUUGCGCGGAUCUUCGUUGGUUUGGCCCUGCAGGUACGAGGUGGACGCUGAGCUCUCCAAGCCUUUAAUCCAGUGGAGGAAAGAUGGACAUAAAAUCACAUCAGCUCCAGAUGACAAAUACACAGUUUUUGAAAAUGGAUCAUUAAGGAUUACUGACAUCCAUGCUGAAGAUGCUGGACUCUACACAUGUGAGGUCAUUACAAGGCUGGACUUUGCUAAGGCCACUGGAUCACUGAUCGUGAUUGAUAAGCCUGAACCUCCUCACUCACUGAAGCUGGACGAGAAGGAGAAUCGCAGCAUCACUCUGUCCUGGAGUCCCGGAUUUGACAACAACAGCCCUGUGUCUGAGUUUGUGAUUGAAAUGAGAGAAGAUCUGCACUUAUCGAAAGGAACCUGGAAGGAGCUGAAGCGUGUUCCUGCCGAAAUCGGUCACCUGGAGAUUCCUCUACUUCCUUACUGCUCGUAUCACUUCAAAGUUUCGGCGGUUAAUGAGAUCGGCGCGAGCAAGUUUAGCGUCCCUUCCGAGCCGUACACCACACCUUCUGCAGCACCUGACAUCACCCCGGUGAACGUGAGAAGCGAAUCAAUUAAUCCAGACAGCAUGGUCAUCACAUGGGAGGAGCUGGAUCAAAGGCACUUUAAUGGCCCUGGUUUUGGGUAUAAAGUGCUUUGGCGUGAAGCAGCCGGCCCUGAUGAGCCAUGGCAGUCUGCUUUUGUUUCCCAUCCUCCAUUUACAGUCAACAACACGGGUACCUUCGUGCCCUUUGAAAUCAAAGUGCAGGCGGCAAACGGGGUUGGAGAUGGACCGAGUCCAGAGGCUGCCAUCGGUUACUCGGGAGAAGACGUUCCCCAGAAGGCGCCGACUCAAAUAAUAGUGUCUCUGUUUAAUGCUACAACUGCAUCAGUCAGGUGGGAUCCGGUCAGUAGAGAGUCGGUGCGUGGACAUCUGCUUGGCUACAAGAUUUCUCUGAGGAGGCUGGGGUCCAGAGGAGACCAUUUACAUCAAAAGAAAAAGAAGCGAGCGCUUGCUACGGUAAAAGAGAUGGUUCAAGACAUGGAACAAGUGAUGGAGAUUGAGGAGGAAAGGCGAGAAAUUGUUGUCGAGGGAAGAAAUGAGGCGAUCGUGGCUGGCUUGGACUUCUACUCCGAUUAUGAGCUCUCAGUCGCCGCCUACAACAGCAAAGGGGAGGGGCCUAUGUCUCUCCCCACUGUCUUUAGCACAUCCGAGGGAGCUCCUGGCCGUGUUUCAAACUUGAGAUAUGAGAGUCCCUCGGAGACCGAGAUCACGCUGUUCUGGAAAAAACCCCACAAAACUAAUGGGAUCUUGAGAGGAUACAUUCUACUUUACCAGAAGUUUCUGAAGAACGGUACCAGCAUUCUACAGGCGAUCCAGGUCGACCCGAAAGAGACACAGUACAAAAUACACGAUCUGGACUCAAAGAAUUUUUACAUCUUCACCCUGAAAGCUUUUACUGUUGCUGGAGAAGGAGAAUCCACCCAUGUUAAUGCCACCACUUUACUCGACGGAGUUCCACCAACUACUGUGAACGCGACAGUCGGAGAAACGUCUGUGAAUCUGAGCUGGGUGCAAGGAGAACGAUAUCGAAACAUCGGGUUUACGAUUCAUUACCUGGGGAAGGGCGGUCAGUGGGAGGAGUCGGAGCAGGUGAAUUUGACGCAGACCUUUUAUCAGCUGCAGGGACUGAAAGCAGGAACGCCGUACCGCCUCGAAAUUCGCCACAACAACAUAACAUACUGGACACAAGACCUGCAGACUAAUGGACCAGAUGUAGACAAGGUGCAGAGCAGCUUUGCCACAGAGGGUUGGUUUAUCGGCCUCAUCAGCGCCAUUGUGCUGCUGCUCCUCCUCCUGCUUAUCCUCUGCUUCAUCAAAAAGAGCAAAGGCGGAAAAUAUUCAGUUAAAGAUAAAGAGGAAGGACAGAUGGACUCGGAUGCGAAACCCAUGAAGGAUGAAGCAUUUGGCGAGUACAGAUCCCUUGAAAGCAGCGACAACGACGAGAAGCGUUCGUUCAGCCAGCGAUCCCUGUGUCCCGAUCUGAAGCGCGAGAGCGACGACAGCCUGGUGGAAUACGGAGACAGCGUGGACAUCCAGUUCAACGAGGACGGCUCGUUCAUCGGGCAGUACAGCGGCCGCAGAGACACGCAGCCAUACCCCCACGGAGAGCAAGAGAGCUCAGGGGUCCCGUCACCAACCAACCCCAACAUGCACCCUCCACCGAGCGGCAGCUUCCCCACCUCCGUCACCGGCAUCCUCGGGGGCAACUGAGACACCACCCCUCUGUAUUACAAUAGAGAGAGACUGAGAUGAAGAGAUCAACCUGACCUAGUACUCUCAUUCCUUCAUAAUUAAACAAAUGUCAUUUAUUCGCCGUAUAUUAACUUUCAUUUAAGGCCGAAUAAUAUUCCAUCACUGCCAACAACUGUUUUUAAAGCACACACAGUCAUACAAUUAUGUACACACACCCAGACACACACACACACACACACACACACACACACACACACACACACACACACACAUGCCCACUCACAAACACACCCCCACACACAUAUAUUAAUCCAAAGGCCUGGGCAGACUUUAAUCCAUCAGUGGCCUCACCUGAGCUUUUCUUCAUACAACACAAUAUGACCGCCCACAAAUUAUAGCUCUAGCUCCGCCCCCUUUCCUUACCUCUUUAUUUGUAACUGGUUUGUAUUAGUGUGUUACGUCUUACCAUGGACGUCGGAUACACUCCAAACUGGGAUACAGCUAUAUAAAUACAGGCUUAUGAGACUAACAAAACUAAUCAGAGGUGAAUAUUAAUGAAGGGGGCGUGGUCAGGGUGGAGCUGUGGCAUUAAAGUCAUGUGAUGUGAUCUUUCGUUAGUCUUUCCAGGCCUUUCAUUAAAGACACGAUUAUAUACAACAUUCCAGAUUAGUGUUUACAAACGCUGUCUUCUUUUUCUUCAGGUUUACAGCUAAGCGUGACAAUGAAUGCCCUUCCUUUUCUCCCAUCCCAACCUGUGUGCGCACUUUCCGACAUAUUCUCCUGUAACAUUUCCCAUCAAUACCCCCUCCGUAAACCCUCCAUGACACAGGAAAACAAAUUAUUAUGCAAAACGUAUGCGAUAAUCGUUUCACAUUAAUAAUCCAUACUAACUUACACACGAAAAAAAUGCUGUAAUGUCUUUUUUUUAUGAUUAUUCCUUCCAAAAUGGAAAAUUUUGGCAACAUUAUAUUAGCAUGCUCAUACAGUGUACUAGUGAAAUAAUACAAACACGUCCAUGUGCUCAUAAGGAACGCGAUAAAAAUUAAUUUUUUUUAACUGUGGUACAUCUCGUCAUACAUAUAUAUAUAUAUAUAUAUAUAUAUAUAUAUAUAUAUAUAUAUAUAUAUAUAUAUAUAUAUAUAUAUAUAUAUAUAUAAGCCAGAAAUUAUCCAGAAAUCAGUGACAGAUACUUAAAGGACUGGUAAUGACAUGUUUUUAAUUUAAUAUAUACAUUUAAAAUAUAUAUAUACUGUAUAUUUACACUUGCUUUAGUGCCACAAUUAUCGUGUUUGUCUUUCAUAUUUAUUUUGCACUAUUUUCGUAAAAAAAAAAAAAAUUCAAUUUCAUAUUUUUUUUUAUUUCAUCCUACAUCAAUAGACAUAUUUUAGUUUCAAUAAUUAGUUGAUGUUCAAUCCAGCAUUCUAUAAUACUAUACUGUACUAUAGCAGCAUAUGUAUCUUCUUAGGAAUAUAAAAUAAUAUACAUAUUUACACUUUUUUUUCUGUUCAUACAUAUAAAUGUUUCAUAAGCAGAUCUGUAUUAUUUUUCACUAUAUGUAACUUUUUUUAUAUAUAUAUUUGCUUUACAUUUCUUUAAUGCAAAACGUGUAUUUCUUUCAUCAUACAGAUGAUUUUUUUUUUUUUUUGUAUUUACAUUUACAUUAAUGGCCAAUUAUUUAGCCAUGUUUAUAUUAUUUUCAGGGUUAUAAAAUGAUGCCAUACUGUACCAUAGCAGCAUAUGUAUCCUAUAUGCCUCCAUGUACGGUGGGUACUCGUCUGACGUGUUUAUCUUAUUUUGAACAAUUCAGGAAUCGUAUAUGUGUGUAUCAUUACCUGUGUGUUGUCAUCUGCAGGGUGUUCAGUAGUGUAUUCGUUGCUACUCGCUAUUAGGCAAAAACAUGUCCAGAGCCAAAAAUCUGUGCUUUUUAAAAAAACAUAAUGCAUUUCUGUGAAUGCAAACUGAGCUCUAUUCUUCGCAGAUGCUAAGCGCAUGAAUCUCACUGAUAUGGCGAAUCUGUCUGUAAGGUGGUGCCUGUUUUAUUACCCUCCUGAUGCUGAGAUUUGAAUAUGAUGCCUUACAGAGCAAUGGCUCUUUUGUUCUGUCCUCAUUUUCUAUUCCCAUCUGUCUUUCGUGAAUCUGUCCAUCUGAGAUAACGGCAAGCAUGAGUUACUAAAACGUAGUUCAGCUAGGCAUGUGCCGAGAAAAUGAGUCGGACGAUAUAUCGUAUUUCGUAGUUUUUUUAAAUAAUAAUAUAGCGCCACUAUUUAAACUAUGAACUAUGAGUUUCGAUUGGGAAAUUUUGAAGGAGGUAGCUUGUUUUUAUAAAUCAAGUGGCAUUUAAGGGAUCGAAUGAGAAAGCUGUUUUAAUAAUAAGAUGCUAAAACAUGGAUUGGCUAACAUCUAGCUAGCAAGGAAUUUUAAAGGAAUGUUCUAGAACAAAGGUGCCCAUACUACGAAAGGCCAAAAAUCAAACUUGGUUGUGGGUUGUGAGCAGAAGAAAUACUGCAUUAUGCCAAACUGUCAUUUAAAGUUAUUCCCCUCAUUUUUAAACCCAUACUAUUUAUGAAUUAAUGGAUAGACGUCAUGGAUUUGUAAUCUGAGUAACUAAUGCAGUUUUAUUUUCAAGUUUUCUAGUUAAAAUUAUUAUUAUAAAUUUAUAGUACAAUGGAGUUCAAAUACAAUACAGCAAUGUGUUUGUAAGAUCAGUGUCCUCUUAUAAGGACAUGAAGCUGGUGCUUAGGAGCUUCUCCUAGAGUAAAAAUAAUAAAAUAAAAUGUUAUGUAAAUGUAGAAAUAAAGAUCUGUGUCAACGGCAUUCUCCUUUCCUCAUAAAUGGCAUGGUUUGGGCAUCUCUGUUCUGAAACAAAAUGUGGACAACAUGACAGAAACGUUAAUUCCUCCAUUUUUUCUAACUAACAUCACACAACCUUUUAGGAACUCAGCAAAUGUUACUACAAUUUUGUGUCCGUCAAUCACCAGAAACUCCAUUUGGCUAGCUAAUGUAGCUCAACCUAACAGAACUUGCUAGCGUGUGUUAUUUAGCUAGUCAGUUGUGUAAGCUAAAGGUUAGGGUUUCGAAAGCCAAACUGUGAUUGUAUCCAAGCUGACGAGCAAGAAAAAGCUUAUGUUUUCUUUUCCCUGUUCAGCAGUCACAUUUGCAUGUCUGGGCUAAUAAAAAUGAGCUAGAUGGCUAGUCAUUACAAAAGAAAUAUAAAUCUAACACUAAGAGUCAUAUGCUUGUGUGUCAAUGUUUGUAUAUGUAGCUAUAUAUAGCUAUCGAACCUGACAGAUCUUGCUAACAGAGAUUGUAUCAAAGCUGAAGAUUGAGCGAUUGGGAUACAAAUGAAUAAGAAAAGAUGAAUCCUAAAUGAAACACAUCAGACGUUUAUUAGUGUUUAAACUGCUGAGUAAUGAAAGCAGGACAAUGUCAGGUCACGCUAAUAUCGUAAACCGUGAUUAUUAGCUGAGCACGUCGGCACAUGCCGAGCUGUAAAGCCUAACAUCAGACCACUUUCUUUUAUUUUAUUUUUUUGCUAGUAUUUAAUAGAUUUAUUAGACGAGUUGCGAAGCAGAACCCCAGAAAGAAUCAGCGAAGCUUUCUGAAUGUAAAUAAUUGUCAAGAUUGUUCUUAAGCCUUUCGCUCCUGUUCUUUUACUGAAAGGAUUUUUUUUUCUUUCAUUAUAAACGUGCGCUGUUCUUAUUUUGCUAUUUCGCAGGUUUGAUAACGUGUAGAAGAGUAGGAAAUGGGAAUGCAACCUUUUGUUGUCUUUUUUUUUAUAAUAAUGAAUUAAUAAAUGAAUCAUGAAGCUUCGCUACUGUUUAUGUACAUUGGAAUAAAGCUUGUAAUGAAGUCAAGUGAAAUGAAGGAGCUCUUUCUGUAGGGGGCGCUCUCUCAGGGCUGCUACUUGUGGAAUUGCGCAUGAAUAAAAAUGGAACAUUUCAAAAACACAACCAAACAUGGCAUUAAGUUUUUCCAAGGUCAAAUACCCAAAUACCCACCACGGGUCCCCAUUCUCAAGUGUGUGAUUCAGGACAAAGCCACACACAAGUUUCUAAACAGGUAGCUGCUAAACACUUGUGUGCAGUGUGAUGAAUAAAUGAUUCAGAUCAUCAAACUAAUUUUAGCAUUAUACAAAGUUUACCCAAGUUUUUAAAUGAUAAUUUAUUGAGGAGAAAAAUGUCAUCCAAAACUAUCUGGCCCUUUGUGAAAAAGUUAUUGCUACCUAAUCACACAUAUCUAUAUACUGUCUCUCUCUCUCUCUCUCUCUCUCUCUCUAUAUAUAUAUAUAUGGGAUGGAAACAGUGUUUGAAAUACAAAAAUAAAGUAUUGAAGGGUGACAUCGCCUCACCUCAUGGGUUCUUCCAAUUCGACCGACUCCAUUUAAUUCCACAUCAGUUCAUUUCACUUCACCAAACUGAACAUUCUGAAAGAUUUACUUCUCCUGGAAAUCUUAGAUCCAUCAAAUCUGGUAUUUAUGACAUUUUACAUAAUUCUGAUCUCAAAACUGUAACCGAUGAUUCAAAAUAAAGCAAAUUUUUUUCCCAUAGCAUGUUUGCAACCAAGACAAAAAACUACACAUAAUAUACAUUUAUCAAAUAACUACAGUAAAAUUAAUUUAAUGUGAAAGAUGUUUGAAUGUUUUAAGAUGUUUUAAAAGAUAUAGGAAGAAAUAGGGAUGGAACUGUGAUUUAAAAUAAAGAAGUAAUUUAAACAAAUUCUUAUAAAAAUUUUUUUUUUAAAUAUGGAUAAUUUUUCUAGAAUGCCAAACAAACUCAACCAAGCAAACCUCAAACAUGGUGUCAAAUGUACAUUAAAGAAAUGAACAGGAUAACUCUCAAUCCUUCCCACUUUAUUAAAUACCUACAUCCAAAAUCACCACUACACUUUCAUCAAAACUUUUAAUCGUGUAGAUUUUAAAUAUAUAAAAUACAAGCCGCACACAUCCUGUAACACUCAAGUGCAUCAAGGCUAAUAGUGGAAUCCAAACCCAAAAAAAAAAAAGGAUUCCUGAGAACAAAAUCCUUGCUGCAGAAAAAACAGCGCAUUAAAACUCAAACCCAGAAUAUAUGCUGUAUGGCCAAAAGUAUUGGGACACCUUUGGAUGCAGAAGAAUGAAAUUUUCCUUCACUUAUAUACAUGAUAUAUGAAUGUAGAAUAGGAUGGAUGUGGAUUCUUAUAAAUGCUCUUUAAUAGCAGAUUGUAACAGAGAGCCAGUUUUGCAAUUGUUGCCUAUUAUUUAGGAGUGUUCAACUAUUAAUAUGAGUAAUAAUGUGUUGCACUGCUGCAAAACUUUGCAUAUUUCGAUGUCAAGUGCUAAGUGGAACACGUUUAUCAGUGUCACGACGUGUCCACAGUAAUCAACUUGAUGCCUUCUGCAUUCACUGUAUUUGCAGAAAUAAAGGCAGGAACCUAUA